CGAUUGCUUUCUCACACUUUGGGGGUAGAUUUGAUAUGGUAUUAGUUUUUAAGGAAUUGUUUCUUAGAGGGCUGACCCCGGACAUGAUUAAAAGAGGGAAUAAGUUAUACGAAAUGAAGGUAAAAGUUGGUAAAGAUAAUUGGGUUAUUUUUAGGGAUACAUUUAAUUUAAUGCCCAUGCCUCUUGCUUCCCUGGUCCCUGCCUUUGCACUUAGUGUAGAGGACAAACCUUUCUUUCCACACAUGGCAAACAGGCCGGAAAAUUAUGGUAAGAAAAUUUUCCCGGUCAAGGACGACUAUUUGGCGGAUGGAUUGAUGCCUGAGAAGAGAGCACAAUUUGAUAAAUGGUAUGAACAGCACAAGGAAGAACCCUUCAAUUUGGAUGAGGCCUUGGCGUCAUAUUGUAGCAACGACGUGGAAAUUCUUAUGGCUGCUCUGAUUGCAUUUAGGCGCGAAUUCUUGGAAGUUUCAAAUGGAUUGGAUGUGCUGAGAGAGGCUAUGACAAUCGCCAGUGCAUGCAUGAAGCACUUUAGGACAAAUCACCUACCGGCUAAACACCUAGGCAUUGUUCCAGAGAUUGGAUAUGACAACACAGACACCCAAAGUUUGCUUGCUCUUCGAUUCCUCAGCUGGUACGCAGAAGAACACAAGGUCAACAUACAGUUGAUGGGUGGGUAG